UCAGUAGAGAGGAUAAAAAUUUAAGCAUUAUGCAGAACAUUUUAUGGUCUACUGUAUGUAGCCUACUGUUUUUUAGGCUGAGUUGCGCGCAUGCCCCAUGUCAUAGUAAAGGAAAAGCAUAAUGAAAUAGCUCUCUCAUUGACCUUAGUGCGCAUGGUCAUUGCUUUUGUGUCAUUUAUGUCCGUCUGAGCAAGAUCAGCUGCACUUCAUGUAUUGCAGAAAUAAGUUUUACGGCGUUGAAGUAGGCUUUUGAAAGGAAUCAUCGGACAAGGAAACAGAAUAUGUCGGUAAAUAAAGCUAAGAAAGUAAAAAUGGCUACCAAAUCAUGUCCUGAGUGCGACCAACAGAUUCCAGUUGCUUGCAAGUCUUGUCCCUGUGGCUAUGUAUUCAUUAGUCGAAAGCUUCUAAAUGCCAAACUGAAUGAGAGAUCACCACCAGCAAUAGACAAGUUGGAUGCAAAGAGGAGGAGAACUGAAAGAAUUCGCAGAGAGAAGAUCAACUCUCCGUCAACCAAUGACAUGGAGAACAGAAGGCGAUGCCGCUCCAACAGUCAAUCGGAUCAGAUCCGGAGAGGGCGGGGCAGGCCAAAGACAGUUGGGCUGAAGAAGCAGGAGGAGGAGAAAGAAAAAUUUGAGAAAGAAGUUGAUAUCUAUGCCAACCUCUCAGAUGAGAAAGCGUUUGUGUUUUCGGUGGCAUUGGCCGAGAUAAACCGAAAGAUCCUGGGCCAAAGACUGAUCCUAUAGACAGACCAGAUGUUUGCUGUGAGGGAUUGACAUGUGAAACCUAAGAUUGUUACUGUGGAGAGACCCAUGGAUGACCACCACAGUGUGUCUAAUAGGGUGUGAACUCUGACCCAAAGAACUCCCUGUCGGAUUGGUCGAAGCCUUGGGAAAAUGGAGAUGUUGGGGAACAUGGAGAAGCAGGCACCUGGUCUGCUCAAGAUGAAAUGUUGGAACCAACUAUUAUGGAAUUGGAGGGGGUAGGACAUCUGAAUAUUUAUAUUUUAAUCAGAUUUUAUAUUAUAUAUAUUAGAUGAUAUGGUAUAGGUAUAGGAUUCAUCACCUUGUCAACCAAGAAAGCUGUCAGUAACAAAUGCAAAACAUUUCUAUUAAAAAAGGGCAUAAAUGUGUUGAAGUAUGGAGGGCCAUCCUAGCAUUGUAACUGGCUUCUAUAACGUUAUUGGCUUGUAGGGCUAGUAAACACUGUUUAUUUAAAUCUAGAUGCCAUUGGAACAUAAUGUUCAAUAUAUUUUGUAUCAUGCUUAGGACUUUAGGAGAAGGCCUUGUACAUUUAUAUUUAUAAUGUUUGUGUACCAUCUUAAUUUAAAUGCAUAUUGUUUUAUCUUUUGUUUCAUUAUUGGUGACAUUAUAUGAAAUAUGUAAUAUUUGCUCUGGACACCUGUAAUUUAAAUGUCAAAGGCAAAUCCUAUUUAAUGUGACUUAUUUUGUCAUUAAAAUAGAUUAAUCACAACCACCACUGUCAGAUUUUGGGCCUUAAUGGGCAAAUGUUAGUUUUUAUUGAAGAGUGUGUUACUGCACAUACAGUAUAUUACUAGUGCAUGGUUUGUAUUACCCACCCUCUCAUGUCUAUACGUUACCCCGCAGCAGGCAGUGAGGGAUGGGCUGGGUCCCUGGGCCCCCGAGACACCUGUUUGUAACCUGCCCAUUUCUCCUGGAGACAGCUGCUGCUGCCGUUUCUCCAGCUCUGCUCUGCCUCCCUCCACAGGGAAAGGCCCUGCCAUUAACUGCUCAUCCAUCUGGAACACAUCCCAGUUUCCAUGGAACUCUCAACAGAUCUCAACCUCACAUUGUUAUCCUGUUGGAGACAUUUUCACCUGCCUGGCCUCUUCUUUGUACACCAAACUGCAUUAGAUACAUGUAUGAAUGUAUAGAAACAUGCUUACAUCAUAUCCUGUUUAUUCAUACUAUGAGUGAAACCUGAGAGGAAACACUGCUGGGGUUUGAAUAUGCAAGGCAGGACUGUAAAUGAUGAGAUAUAAUGAUAUAAUGAGACUUUCUUCUUGGUUAAGAAAAGGGUUCUGUGUGCUGUAUUAUUGACACCUCAGUCCUUGUGAGAAACUGUGGGCAUUCAGUGAACCAGAAAGAGGCCGUGUUAAGCAUGCCCCUAUGGGAAAUACAUGUGAGUAAAAACAAAAGACAGUGCUGUUCCUAUAGGGGGAAAAGUAAUUAAUUAGAAUCUAAGUGAAAUAAUGAAAAGGUUAUUUGAGAGUUGGAUUAAAGAACUUUGACUCUUACAUUUACUGUGUAAUUGACAGAACCCAGAUGGAGUUUCAUAAGAGUCGGGCAUUGGCAGUAUAUGGCUGUAAAUUAUCCAGGAUGCAUUUUUUUUAUGUCAUGGGGAUUAUGUGGAUUGGCUGCCCUAAGACAUUGUAUUUAUUCCCCCCAAAUAGUCAGAGGAGAGUUACACACAAUAAAGAAGGGAUUCAGGGUGAACCCAGGAUUUUUUUCUUCUCAAAUCCAUUUACAUAAGAUACUUGAGUAAAGCCUGCCUGUUGCAAUGCAAAACCACAGGAGAUGGUUGAACUUUCAAAUUGGGCCUCUGAGUCGAAUACAUUGAAACACUGUGAAUAAUACACCUCCAUCCGCUAUCUACAAGCACUUUGAAAACAAAAGGCAUGAUGAUAUUAGUCAACCACUGUUCCAAAUACUGAAACUCAAUCUUAAUGACAUUUUCUGAGAAAAUGAGUAUGCUCUUUGAAAUGUAGAACACGACUGAAAUGAGAAUCGGUUGUUAAUGGAAAUCACUCAGGCAGUCAGACCUUAUUUGGAUCUUUUAAGGGUAGAGGGAUAAAGGAUGCUACCUGAUGAGCACAGUUCAGAAAUGACGUACUGUACUGUGAGAAAGUAAGACUGUUUGCAGAUGGAUCAUUACUACAUAUGGCUAUGAGUGGGGCUGAAAUGAACACGCUGAGGCCAUGCUGGCAGGGCAGUUAACGAUGAAACGCCUGGCCCAGCCUGAAUACCAUGCCAUAUUACCACAUGCCCCAGGGUGGAAAUGGAACACUGAGAUUCCUGGCUUUAUAUCUAACACGAAAUAGUGAGUUGAGCAAUACUGAGCACCCAGGCCCAUAGACAGAAAGAGAGAGAGAGAAGAGUGGUGUAGGGAGAGAGAUACAUGUGCACACUAACAGUCAGUUAUUCUUACUCAAAUAAAGUUGCCAUUUGUUCAGUGUGGAGUGUUCCCCAAGUCACAUGACUCGCAUGUGGUCUCAUUAACCAGGGAGAGAGUUCUUUGUUCAGAUCUUGGCUACUUUCCAAUGUAACAUGAGAUACUGUAUAUUAUUAGUUUGAUAUUCUUAAGGAAUUUGAGGACAAUUUUAUUAUUAUAAAAACGAUUAAACAUACAGUAGC